ACAGAAGGAGUGCGUGGAUGAAAGGGUGUGCAUUUAGGGAAGGGAGAGGAUGGGUUUUGGGAAGAUUGUUAUAUAAAAAGGACCUGAAGCCUCUGAAACGAUCUCUUAACGUGCCAGAAAUCCGGAGAGGCUGGUUACAAUCUGGAUGUUGUGUGAAACUUUGUGGCUGACUGACCCUUUAGAGUUCAGGUGAAUUUAGACGAGAGAAAACGGUGAAGAUGGGAGGUGGAGGCCAGCAGACGGAACCAGGAGAGCCGACUAGCGGGAAAGCUAAGGGUGUUUACACCUGGGAGGAGGUGCAAAGCCACAGCGGCAAGAAUGAUCAGUGGCUGGUCAUCGAUCGAAAGGUUUAUAACAUCACCCAGUGGGCCAAAAGACAUCCAGGAGGGUUUCGGGUCAUCGGGCACUAUGCUGGAGAGGAUGCCACGGAGGCAUUCACUGCUUUUCAUCCUGAUUAUAAGUUUGUACAAAAGUUCCUGAAACCGCUGCUGAUUGGAGAGUUGGCAGCAACAGAGCCCAGCCAGGACCGAGACAAAAAUGCAGCCAUCGUACAGGAUUUCAAAACUUUACGAGCUCAGGUAGAGAACCAGGGUCUGCUUCAAAGUCAUCCUUCGUUUUUCUUCCUUCACCUCGCUCACAUCGUGCUGCUGGAAGCCCUCGCAUGGCUGAUCGUCUGGAUGUGGGGGACGGGCUGGAUACUGACCUUACUGUGCUCAGUGUUGCUAGCUACCGCUCAGUCACAAGCUGGAUGGCUGCAGCAUGACUUUGGUCACCUGUCUGUCUUCAAAAGAUCCCGCUGGAAUCACGUGGUCCACAAGUUUGUCAUUGGUCAUUUAAAGGGAGCUUCUGCCAACUGGUGGAAUCAUCGACAUUUCCAGCAUCACGCUAAACCCAACAUCUUCACUAAGGACCCUGAUAUCAACAUGUUGAAUAUCUUUGUACUCGGACAAACUCAACCAGUGGAAUAUGGGAUAAAGAAGAUCAAACACAUGCCCUACAAUCACCAACACCAGUACUUCUUUCUUGUGGGACCACCAUUGCUCAUUCCAGUUUAUUUCUACAUGCAGAUAAUGAAAACCAUGAUAUCCCGGCGUGACUGGGUGGAUCUGGCUUGGUCUUUGUCGUACUACCUCCGUUUCUUCUCCUGUUACAUACCUCUAUAUGGUGUGUUUGGCUCACUGGCACUCAUGUUUUUUGUCAGGUUUUUGGAGAGUCAUUGGUUUGUGUGGGUGACUCAGAUGAAUCACAUACCGAUGGACAUCGAUCAUGAAAAGCACAAGGACUGGUUGACCAUGCAGUUGCAAUCCACCUGUAAUAUCGAGCAGUCCUUCUUCAACGACUGGUUCAGUGGACACCUCAACUUUCAAAUCGAACACCACUUGUUUCCUACGAUGCCGCGUCACAACUACCACCUGGUGGCACCGCAGGUCCGCGAACUCUGUGAGAAACACGGGAUCCCUUAUCGGGUGAAAACUCUGUGGCGAGGCUUCGCUGAUAUUGUCACAUCACUGAAAAGCUCAGGGGACCUCUGGCUCGAUGCAUAUCUCCAUAAAUAACAGACUGAAUUUCCUUCACUGAUGUAAAGGAAGUGAUUUUUCUCUUUUUCAUCAAAAACCGAUUGUAUCCAUUUGAGUUUUAAAAUUAAGUCGAUAGUUGUGAGAAUGAUCUUUCUUAUUGUUGAUGUUGCUGUUAAGUCUUUGUUUGGUUUUCAGAUUUGCUGAUUUUUAUAGAUUAAAGAGUUUUCCUAAGUCGCCUUAAGAGUAUCUUGAUCAGCAGUAAUGCGAUGUUAUAAAUACAGUUGUGAAACCUGCCCCUGUGACUUAUUUAAAAUGAUUUUUUUUUCUAUCUUGUGACUAUUUGAAUUAUUAAAUAGGAUCUUUUGUUUCCACACAAACAAACUAUAUUUAAUUUUUUUUUCAUUAUCUUCUUUCAGCUGUGUAACUACUUUAAAUACAGUUCUUGUUGUGCUCUUUCAGUAUACAAUAAAGAAACUGCGUUGACCA